CCAAGUUUUAACUUGUGUCGUAAUGACAUUGCACAUAAAAGGGAGAUUUUCACAAAUUCCAUUCAGAAAGCCUCUUGCUACCUGAGGACAACAUACAAGGCAAAAAGGAUAAAGUCGAAAUGUGGAACGGAAUUCUUCUGUUGAUGCUGGUCUCAGCAAAUCUUCAAUCAUCUACAGCAACCAUCGAGCAAAGUUUUGGAAAGAUCAACCUGACAGAAUAUUCAUCGGAUGGUUUCAACUGUACCCUUGUUUCAUUUUCAAAAACAUUUCAAAGUAAUGGCAGUGUCAGGGUGUUUUCAUCAAUGAGCCGCGAAGCUCAACCAGACAAGAAAAACGAAGCGCUUGUUUCAGUUAUUACUGCUGUUAAUCGAAGUUUUUUUUCCCUUUGUGUGAUGGAACCUGCCCAAACCAGUGGAAAUACAACUCUCAACUGGUUUGCUAUCAAUGACAACAACAAUCUCCCAUUGGGAAUUUCAUCAGGAAGUCUCUCUUACAAGCUUUUCACAAGUGGAAACUCGUGCAGUGACGUAAAAUUUUCAAGUAUCUUUGAAUUACCACCUAAAGUUCUCAUCAGUAUCCGCUCUUCAUCAAAUCCCUUCAAUCAAAAAGAUAUGAUGUCCGCCUGGACAGAAAGUGUAACAGAAUCUGAAUUUCGUGUUUGUCUGAGAGAAAUGACGUCAUUCUCUGGUUCACAUGAAAAUUUACACAUUGAUUGGAUUGCCAUGGAGAAUAAAGUCAGUGCAAACAUGACAGAUCUUGAUUCAAUUGUCUUCUCAAAUAAAAAUCAUCCUACCUCAGAAAACAACUAUGCUUACUGCAAGGUCAGAAAAUUCAAAAAAAAAUUCUAUGCACCACCAACUGUUCUCGUGACGGCGCGCCGAGGAAUGAAAUCUAAAUCCAAAACACUGACAGACCAAAACAUUGUCACGUGGAUCAAGAAUAUAAACACCACAGUAUUUGAAGUUUGCAUCAAAGAUCUACCCGGAAUAAGCGGCAAACACGAGCCAAUCACAGUGGACUACGCCGCCAUAGGAGACAUUGAUCCAUGUCUUGAUGUCGUUUGUGAAAAAUUUGGUGUCUGUCGUGCAUUUGGACCGUACGAUCCAAGAUGUGUUUGUGUGACGGAUUGUCCGACCUUGGAGCAAAACGUUUGCGCUUCAAACGGCAGAAGUUUUGAUAAUCUCUGCUUAUUCAAACUAGAGGUUUGUCGAACAAAAGCAAACUACACAUAUUAUCAUCAUGGAAGUUGUCGAGGUUUUCCGAUGACUAGAGGUCGCAAACGUGUCAGAGAAGUCCCACAGUGGUCAGAAUCACAUUGUCAAACAAUAAAAUUCGAGCCUCUCACCUUUUACCCAGAUAAAUCAGUGCACGUGCAAGUAAGCGUUAGUCACGUGAACGACACGAAGGAAGUUCAUGAUGCAGCAGUGGCAUGGGUCGAAGAUGUAACUCAAGAUAACUUCACAUUUUGUGUGAUGGAAUCAGGAAGAAAUGAAGGUCCACCACACGGUACUGCUACCGUCGAAUACAUGGCUUAUCAAGGUGCGCCGAGUGGGGGACUGGCAGGAGUUGUUUCCAUUCCAAAAUGGUGGACUGGAACUAAAUGUCAAAAAGUCGAUAUUUCUACGGGUUCGUUUUUAGAAACACCAACUAUCUUAGCAACAGCAGAACAUCGUCGUCUCAGUCUUAAACAUGAUGCUGCUUCAGUGUGGUUGGAGGAUGUCACAAAUUCAUCUUUCAAAGUUUGUUUACGUGAGUUACAAAACUUUGAUGGACAACAUCAAGAUAUUUAUGUGAACUGGUUGGCGUUUGCGACUCUAGAACAACCAGUGUUCACAGAACAUGGCGAAAGUUAUUUUGCAAAAACCACUCUAGACCCGUUGUCAACGUACAACUACGCACAAUGUCAGAACGUUAGUUUUCAGGCAAAUUAUAUCGAUCCACCAACAGUAUUAGUUUCACCCAAACACAACACGUCAAAUAACAACGUGGAUCCAAAAUACAACGCGAUAACAGCAUGGUUAGAGACGAUAACGACAUCUUCGUUCAAACUAUGUUUCAAAGAAUUGCACAAUAAAAAUGGCUACGACGCAGUCACCAUUUCGCAUGUCGUUCUUAAAGACAUCUGUGAUCCCGAGUGGGUCUACUUUAAAGGAUACUGUUACAAAAAAAUCUCCACAUGUGAAAAUUGGACAAAUGCAUCAAGAAAAUGUACAAAUAAAAAAUCUAACCUUGUGGGAAUAAAUGGUCCUGAAGAGGAUGUUUUUGUUCAACAUCUUCACAAUGGUAAACCAUCAUGGAUAGGAUUAAACGAUAAAUUAAACGAAGGAGUGUAUUUAUGGAUAAAUGGUGGUACAAUGAAUUAUACGAACUGGGCACCAGGAGUUUCAACACCUCAAAGCAAAGCUAAAGAUUGUGUACAAGGAACAGGACGAAACUCAAAAUAUCAUUGGGAAUCAGCUUCAUGUGACGAAUGUAAAAAUUACACAUGCCAAAAAGAUUAUGACGAGUGUGGAGAAAAUAUGCAUACUUGUCACUCAAACGCAGAUUGCGUUAACACAGUUGGUUCGUAUAAAUGUCGAUGUCGAAGUGGUUACACAGGCAAUGGACAUCAAUGUACAGAUUUUGACGAAUGUUCAAAUGGAUCUCACACUUGCCAAGAAAAUGCUACCUGCAUAAACACCGUCGGUUCAUUUACAUGUCAAUGCAAGAAAGGUUACACUGGCGAUGGGAAAAAUUGCUCUGACAUCAACGAAUGUUCAACUGGUGUUCACACAUGUAGCCAAAAUGCAAAAUGCUCAAAUACUUUUGGUUCCUUUACAUGCCAAUGCAACAGUGGUUACUAUGGUGAUGGUUUCACCUGCUCUGAUAUCAAUGAAUGCUCGACUGGAAGUCAUAAAUGUCAUCGAAAUGGUUACUGCGUGAACACCGUAGGAUCGUACAGAUGCAGAUGUAACAAUGGUUAUACUGGUAAUGGUUUCAGUUGCUCAGAUAAAAACGAAUGUUCACUGGGAACUUACAAUUGCAACAGAAAACGUACUUAUUGUGUAAAUACCAUUGGUUCCUAUACAUGUCGGUGUCGAAGCAAUUAUCGUUGGAAUGGCGUAUCUUGUCUAGCUUACUGUGGAAGACCCCGAAGUCCGAGUAGAGGAUAUAUAUCUGGAUCAAGGUACACAGAAGGAUCAAGAGUGUAUUUCUAUUGUUACUAUUAUGGUGAAUAUAUACGUGGAUCAAGGUCCACAUAUUGUCAAUCAAAUGGUAAAUGGAGCCAUCGUACACCAUAUUGUUGGUAAUGCAGAUGCAGAGUAAUUCUCCAUCCUGGAAAAAAUUUGUCAAUUAUACUUUCAAAAGUGAUUUUGGGCGCAAUGACUCAUGGGAUAUUUUACACACCAAAACAAUUUAAGUACGAUGUUGUCAGUGAGAUGUAAUGGGAGCGUUUAUGUAAUAACAGGUGUUUUGUUAAUUAAAUGUUUAAAUACUGUUGUCUCGGAA